AUGGCUUCCUGCCGCAGGUGUAACCUAAAGCUACUGGUGGCGAGUGUCUGUGGACUGCUGACCUGCUGUGUUCUGGGCCUGGCAAUCUGGAGGACCGUGGUCCGGAUUCAGGGAGGAAAGACUGCCCCACCAACAAGCAGUCCUAUAAACUUAUGCAAGAAUGGUGGACAAUGGAAAAAUGGUAGAUGCAUUUGUCCAGAAGAUUGGAAAGGACUAAGAUGUACAAUUGUUAAUUUCUGUGAAGGUGGCACCAGUGGUGGAUUUACUUUUGGCAAAAUUCCAGUGGGAAGAUACGGUUCUUCCUUAGAAAUAUGUGGAGAAGACACUGCAAAUGCGGGCAAACCAAUGGCAACUGCCUUGUGCGUCCGGGAUGAAAAUGGAAACAUAGCAUUGCAAAAUGUGACCCUUGGAAAAUGCAAUGAAACUCUGAAAGACCUGGAAACUCAGAUUGUCAACAUCUCAACAAAUUCUGAUACUAUUUCGAGAGAUGCACAGAUUUUAACACAUAAUUCUAGUGCUUUAACGGCUGAGAAUAUCUCUUCUGCUGCUAAUGUGGUUGGACAGAUCCUCAACUCAUCCAGAGAGGCAACACCUGAGGCAAAAGUAACUGCUGUCACAACAGUGAGUCAACUUCUAGAUGCCAGUGAAGAAGUUUUUCAACAGGCUACUGCUGCUGGUAAUGAAAAUACCUUUUCAACGUUGAUUAAGGAAAUGGAGAAAUAUUCCGUGUCUUUGAAUAAUGGCUCAGUGGUGCAGCCUAAUGUAGCAGUACAAUCUGUUACUUUCUCUUCAGAAGAUAGUCAGAGUUCUACAGAUGUUCGCUUCUCUGUAAAGAAAGGAUCUAGUGAUUCUCUUCUUUCUGGUUCCACCUUUAUUGAAACAGACAUAAGCGACCUUAAUCCAGAUGCACAGACGGAACUUCAAGUUUUGCUCCAAUCCACAAACAGGAAAGCCAAGACAUGUGGUUUUGUGGUAUAUCAGAAUAGCAAGCUCUUUCCAUCAAAAAAAUUUACAACGCAAUCUACUUUCAGUCAAAGAAUUGUCUCAAGCAAAGCUGGCCAAAAUGAUACGGAUACAACUGCGACUGUCCAAAUGGUCUUUAAUCCAGAGUAUAAUACAUCAGAAUACCAACUCAAAUCCUAUGCCUGUGUCUUUUGGAAUUUCACACAAAAUGAUUGGGACACAUAUGGAUGUAACAAAGAACAACAGAUGAGAAUCUCUGGUGCUCAUGGAUUCCUGCGGUGUCAUUGUAAUCACACAACUAAUUUUGCUAUAUUAAUGAGUUUCAAAAAGAACUAUAAAUAUCCUGAAUCGCUGGACAAACUAUCCAUGGCUGGAUGUUGCCUGUCUAUCAUUGGCCUGGUUGUUACAAUUAUAUUUCAGAUUGCCACCAGGAAAGGCAGAAAAACCUCCGUCACCUGGGUAUUGGUCAGUCUCUGCACAUCUAUGUUGAUUUUCAACCUCCUCUUUGUGUUCGGAAUUGAAAACUCCAAUAAGAGUUUAAAGCCAACUAAUGAUGACAACAGUCGUUCUCUGAUGAGGGAAAAUAAAGUGCCCUCCAAAGGGAUUGAUGAUCCCCCCCCUAAUCCCACGUGCACUGCGAUUGCCGCCUUGCUGCACUACUUUUUAUUAGUGACCUUUAUGUGGAAUGGGCUCAGUGCCGCGCAACUCUACUUCCUUCUCCUUAGGACCAUGAAGCCUCUUCCUCAACAUUUCAUUCUUUACAUCUCUUUAAUUGGAUGGGGAGUCCCAGCUGUAGUAGUGGCUAUGACAAUUGGAAUUAUUUAUGCUCUGCAUAAUCCAUCUUGGGUGUCAAAAUAUCGGCAAGAGGAAAUCUGCUGGCUGGCAACCUCAGAAGAGGAUCUAAAAAAUAGUCCACUGUUGUGGUCAUUUGUCAUACCUGUUACCAUUAUCCUUAUCAGCAACAUUGCUAUAUUUAUUAUCAUCACUGUUAAAGUGCUGUGGAAAGAUAAUCAUAAACUGACGAGCACAAGAAAGAUUUCAUCUAUUAAGAAGAUUCUUAGUACUUUAUCUGUUGCAGUCAUUUUUGGAAUUACCUGGAUUUUGGCAUACUUAAUGCUCAUUGAUAAUGAUGACACCAGGAUCGUCCUCAGCUACUUCUUCUGCCUCUUCAACACUACGCAGGGAGUACAAAUUUUUAUCCUCUACACUGUCAAAACAAAAGUCUUCCAGAAUAAAUUUUCCGAAGCGCUGCAGUCGCUGUCAUCAUCUUCUAAGAAUUUGCGGCCACCCUCCUUGACCCCACUAAAGUUGCGUGUACGAAUGUAUAACAUGCUCAAGUCAUUUCCAGUCCUAAAUGAACGAUUUACACUGCUGGAGCCAUCUGAAGAUUUUGAAGAAACAAUAACUACUGGAAGUUUCUCAGAAAAACCAAGCACCUAG